UUCAAGAUCCGCCAUCGGGAGUAGGUGGAUCCGGCAGCAAGAUGCAGAUCUUCGUGAAAACUCUCACGGGGAAGACCAUCACCCUCGAGGUUGAGGCCUCCGAUACUAUAGAAAAUGUCAAGGCUAAGAUUCAGGAUAAGGAAGGUAUCCCCCCUGAUCAGCAGCGAUUGAUCUUUGCUGGCAAGCAGUUGGAAGAUGGUCGCACUCUUUCCGAUUACAACAUCCAGAAGGAGUCUACUCUUCACCUUGUGCUGAGGCUCCGUGGUGGUGCUAAGAAGAGAAAGAAGAAGUCUUACACCACUCCCAAGAAGAACAAGCAUAAGAGAAAGAAGGUCAAGCUUGCUGUGCUUAAGUAUUACAAGGUUGACGAAAAUGGCAAAAUCCACCGCCUGCGUCGUGAAUGUCCUUCAGAUGAGUGUGGUGCUGGAGUUUUCAUGGCUAGCCACUUUGACAGACAUUACUGUGGAAAAUGCUGUCUGACAUACUGCUUUAAUAAGCCAGAGGAUAAAUAAAUGUACAUUUCUUAUUAAAUGAA